AGUCAGGAGGCGGAAGCGCAGCGGGGGCGGGAAGGUUGUAGUGCAGCGAGUUGAGCUCCUCUUGCCUAAGUGGUUGCGCCCCCUUUAAGAGCAGCGAUUGUAAGGAGAGGCGGUCCCGGUGUCCUCGGGUCCCAGGUGAUUGUGAAGUGCUGACCAAUUGCCACUGGACAUACUUGAAACAAAAUAGGAAAAUGGCAGCAAACUCUUCAGGACAAGGUUUUCAAAACAAAAAUAGAGUUGCAAUCUUGGCAGAACUGGACAAAGAGAAAAGAAAACUACUUAUGCAGAACCAGUCUUCAACAAAUCAUCCUGGAGCUAGCAUUGCACUCUCGAGACCCUCUCUUAAUAAGGACUUCCGGGAUCACGCUGAGCAGCAGCAUAUUGCAGCCCAACAGAAGGCAGCUUUGCAGCAUGCUCAUGCACAUUCAUCUGGAUACUUCAUCACUCAAGACUCUGCAUUUGGGAACCUUAUUCUUCCUGUUUUACCUCGCCUUGACCCAGAAUGAAGAAAACAUUUGCGAUGGAAAAGUGACUUUGUAAUAUCAAAUGCCAAAGCUACUAUCAUUCAGUGCUACAUGAACUGUGACUUUAAGAAUUUUGGUGAACUUUGAUAUUUUUUGUUUGUCUGAAAGAAAGGAAUGUGUAAGUGAAAGCUGAAAGAAGAAUAACCAGGAUGAUGAGAGCUGUGGAAGCUGUAUCGUCCAAGGAAUUGAUUAUGUACCGUGACUGUAACUUUUUUGUAAUGGUGUUUAACUCUCAAUCAGACUCUGAAUUGGAUGGUCACGAAGUCAUUCCCCAACUCCUAGCAAGUUUGACUGAAUAUAUCAUGUCCACAGUAGAUUUUCAAGAAUCAUUUAUAGUACUUAACUUUAAAGAAACAAGGGUGCUUUUAAAAAAUGAACCAAUAGGCUUAAAUCAAUUGCAUCCAUAUUUGCUGUUUAUAGGAUUGCUAUCAGUAUACCUUUUGAGUUUAUAGUCAACAUGUAUCAUCCUGAAAUAUUCUUUCUGGACUUAUAACUACUUCCCCCUUUUUCACUUUAAAACAAACCUCAAGAAUAAAUUACUAACCAGUCUUAACCAUCUUUUAUAAACAUAUGCUCUUAUAAAUGUUGUGACUAGAGGCAAUUAAGAAUAAUAGGAAAUGUGGUAGGUUUUUAAUUUGUACAUCCUCUUAUUUAGUGUUACCACAUAAAUGAUGAGUUUGUGUGGUUCUAUUUUCCAUUUUUGUUCUAACUGAAAACUUUUUGGCUGGGCACGGUGCCUCACGCCUGUAAUCCCAGCACUUUGGGAGGCCAAGGCGGGCAGAUCACUUGAGAUCAGGAGUUUGAGACCAGCCUGGCCAACAUGGUGAAACCCUGUCUCUACUAAAAGUAUAAAAAAUUAGCCAUGUGUGGUGGCACACGCCUGUAAUCCCAGCUACUCAGGAGGCUGAGGCAGGAGAAUCGCUUGAACCUGGGAGGCAGGGGUUGCAGUGAGCUGAGAUGGUGUCACUGCACUCCAGCCUGGGUGACAGUGAGUCUUCGUCUCAAAGAAAAAAAGAAAAAGAAAACUUAUGCAAGUCGAGCUCCUUUUUAAUUACUUUAAGUAGGAAGGGAUUAGGUUAAGAAAGUCUCUCAACAUGACCCAUCUUUAGCAGUAUCUGGGGUGCUUAUUUAAGUAUGCAGUCCCACUACCCUACCCUAGUCCUACAGAAUUAGAAUUUGAUUCAAAAUAAAGUCUGAAAACCAUGAGAUAGAGAAUUCUAUGAAAUAUCUUGUACAGAUUUUCGUGAUAUAUUUAUACACGCAUGGGUUUGUAGAUCCCUGAAACUUAGAGGUCAUUUAGCUAAAAUCUACAUUUUUUUUAACUUUUAAUAGGAUUGAAAUGAUAUUUUACACUGUAUCACAGAUACAGUAUUUUAUAUAACUUUUUGUAACUAACCUUAUCUUGGCCUUGAGUCCCAUCCUCUCUGGUGGUAGCGUAAAACUGAAAAUUCCAGUUUGGGUCAAUAUUUAGUGAAAGUUCUACUUUCUUUUCAGAGUUUGUUACCCCCUUUCUUCCUUAGAUGUUUUCAAACACACAGCCCCAUCCUACUCAAACCAAGUGAAGCAAGAGUAGACAAUUCUAGAAUUGGCUGUGCCAUGUAGGUUUUUUUGAGAAUUUGAACUGAUUUCCUUCAUUUUGAUGAGGUGGCAACUGUCCCCAUUGUAAUGGUCACCAUUGCAGCGAGGAUAGCCUUACUUCUGCGGCGCAGAGCUCCCCAGGGGGCCUCUGGCUCCUGUCCUUCCUCAGGUCCAUCCAACUACUCCUUGGGCCUCCUUAUGGUAGCCCUCAUUGUCUUGAGUUGAUUUCACUAGGUUUCUGUUCUCUGUCAUCUGCAACAUAACUGACAUGGUUCUAAAUCUGUCUCCAGGGAGAUAACACAUUAGUAUAUUUUCUACACUAUUGAAGCCUCUACCUAAUGUAUGACUUUUGUAGCUCAGGUAAAGAAAUCUUUUUACCAGUGUUACCCUUUCUAGUCUGUUAGUCUUUUAAAUAGAUAUGGCCUAAAUCCUGUAUUCCUGGCUAGGAAGCACUUCUCUCCACCCCUCUGCUUUGAGUUACAAAUUCAAUUCAAUUUCCUACGUAUUUAUUAAUACCUACAGAUAAAGUACUGUGCUUUGGGGGACACAAAGGUGACUGGCACUUGCUCUUUUAGGAGGUCACCGUGCAGAGGAUCCUAUUCUGGUACACCAAUAGUUAUAAAGCAAGCCACAGCCUAGGCAACAUAGUGAGACCCCUGUCUCUACUAAAAAAUUAAAAAAAAAAAAAAAGAUUGGCUAGGUGUGCUGGUGCAUGCAUAGAGUCCCAGCCACUCGGGAGGCUGAGGUGGGAGGAUUGCUUGAGCCUGGGAGGUUGAGGCUGCAGUGGGCCAUGAUUGCACAACUUGGCAACAGAGUGAGACCCUGUCUCUAAAUCAAUCAAUCAAGCGAGCCAGAAUGCAGUAGUGGCCUGAGAGAGGCAUCCUGGAACGUAGUGCGGUCUGGCUAGGCUUAGAAGUAUUCAUGUGAUUUUUACCUGACAAGGGAAGGAAGAGUUGCUCCACGUGCAGAGCAAGGUUUCAGAAUGAGAAGAGAAGAGCAGGCACUGCAGAGGGUGAGGGAAAGGGCAGCAGUGGACUGGGAAGCCCUCAGGUGGAGGUCAGCAUUGCUUCCCUCAGAUCAUGGGUGAAUUUGAGGAACUCAGUUAAUAUCUUUGUAUGUUCCUCCCUCCAUAAGGUGAGAACAAGCACAUGCUCUGCCCAUGUCAGAAAUUGUCUAGACUAGUGUUUUUCAAAGUGCAAAAGCCUCAAUCCAUUACUGAGUUGAGAAGCCAACUUAAUGGUUUAACAGGAUUGACCAGCAUUUUUUCCGAAAAAAUCAAAAACAUCUGAGUGUACUGCAUAUAGAUAUAGGUGGAUUUGCCUCAUGAAUAUUCUGUUUCUGUGUGUUCCUAUAUGUGUAUAUUUUACUUUGUAUUUUGUUGGUUUUUUAAGAGACAGUCUUGCUCUGUCGUCCAGGCUGGAGUGCAGUGGUAUAAUCAUAGCUCACUGCAAGACUCCUUGAAUCCCUGGGCUCAAGCAAUCCUCAGCCCUUAGCCUCCCAAGUAGCUGAGACUACAGGCACAUGCCACCAUGCCCAGCUAAUUUUUUUUUUUUUUUUAAUUUUUGUAGAGACAGCGUCUUGCUAUGUUGCCCAGGCUGGUCUUGAACUCUUGGCCUCAAGCACUCCUCUCGAUCCUCCCACCUUGGCCUCCUAAAGUGCUGAGAUUACAGGUGUGAGCCACUGCAUCUGGCUUACUUAUUUUGUCUAUUGUCUGUUCCACUAGUAUGUAAAGUCUUAGAGAGCAAGAAUUUUUAUUUCCUUCUCUUCCUCCUUUCCUUUCUUCCUCUUUUACUUCAUUCACUACUGUAUUCCACAUAAAAUAUAUUUGGCAUAUAGUAGGUGUUCAAUAUGUUGAAGGAAUGAAAGAAUUUAUAGACUUGAGUUGCAAUAUAAAAUGUAUUUUUUUUUACUGUGAGUUAUGGCAAAAAAAGUUUUGAAAGCUGCUUCUAAAUAACACAGAUGUCAGUGCUUUGUAUGACCCUGGAAUAAAAACUGAAAUGACUUAGUGAUUUCAAAGGCAUAUUUGUUUUCCUGAACAAUCUAUAAACUGUCUCAUUAAGUUGUCUCA